CAGCAGCAGCAGCAGCACUCGUCCUGCGCUAGCUCGGCUACGUCACAACGUGCUAGCACUGACAGCAACGGGAACUCGCUGCGCCAAACCUACUUAUUAUAAUCAACAAUUUAAAAUGGAUGACGUAUGAGAUAAGGACGCCGCAUCGGGCUACGACAGCUCCCCGGGUGUCUGGAUCCUGCAACAGCAGCGGGUGUGGGGCGUGCGCACACGCAGCCAGCUGUAGGACGGGCUGCGUGCGACCGGAGAAUACUAAACAGGCGCCUCGUGGCUCGGCACCAGCACCGGGCUGAGUUCGGAUGUGCACAGGCUCCAAACUUGGCUCGGGACCUCAGCAUGUGAAGGAGCGUUUGCAGGAGGAGGAGGAGGAUCCACGUAGAAUGUCUGCUCUGAAGAAGGUGUUGCCAGGCUUGCUGCAGAGACAUUGCUGUAUCAUACCGGACAGGAACGCAGGUGUGAAGAGGUUGCUGAUGAAAUUGAAGAGCAGGGAGAUAAACUCAGAAUCGCAGUGCACGCUGUGCGGCGAACCAGAAGACCAGCAGUAUUCAUGGUCUCCCUCGCAGUACUUCGAUGAGGACAGCUACUCCCCUCCACGCAGGAAUAUGAAAGGUCUGUCUGGCGGCCGCCCGUCCCAGCUCCAGCUCACCUCCCCCACCUCCAUCCACGCCUGCGGCCUGGCUGAGUGUGACCAUUCCCUGGAUCACCACCUCCACCAUGGCGACUCGCGGCCCCCCUCCUACCUCCUCAGCCCCACCGAGAGCUGCCCCCUGGAGGGUCACCACCGCUGCUCCCCGCGCAGCUCCAUCCAUUCCGAGUGCAUGGUGAUGCCGGUGUCCAUGUCCACCACCGACCACUCCAUGUCCAGUAGCACUUUCCCCCGCAUGCACUACGGCAGCGCUUUGCGGGACAGCGGCGGGAACACGUCCGGCGGCAGGGACUCCCGAGACGACGACCGGUCCUCCUCGCACGGCGGCAGCGGCAAAAUGAACCGGAUCCCGGCAAACCUCCUGGACCAGUUCGAAAAGCAGAUGCCACUGCACCGAGACGGCUUCCACACGCUGCAGUACCAACGCACCUCCACCACCACCACCACCACGGAGCAGCGCAACGAGAGCCCCGGCAGGAUCCGCCACCUGGUCCACUCCGUUCAGAAGCUCUUCACCAAGUCCCACUCUCUGGAGGGCUCCUCCAAGAUGAACGGAACCAAGAGCGACUCGCACCGGGACGGCUCCCACCACCACCACCACCACCACCAGGGCCACCACAAACACAGCAAGCGCAGCAAGAGCAAAGAGCGCAAGUCCGACGGCAGCUGCAAGCAGCGCUCGGGGGGCUGGUGGAGCUCCGACGACAACCUGGACAGCGACAGCACGUACCGGACCCCGAGCGUCCUGACGCGGCACCCGGUGGACCACAUCAGCCACUGCUACCCCGACUCCAUGCACAGCCAACUGGCGGGGGACCUGUCCCUGAAGGCCUCCAAGAGCAACAACGACGUCAAGUGCUCGGCCUGCGAAAGCAUGAGCAUGGCGCCGGAGGGCAAGUUCAUGAAGAGGAGCUCCUGGUCGACGCUCACGGUCAGCCAGGCCAAGGAGGCCUACAGGAAGUCCUCCCUCAACCUGGAGAAGCCCAUGACACCCACCGACCUGAAGCCCAACCUCAGGCCCUGUCACUACCUGCAGGUGCCCCAGGAUGAGUGGGGGGGCUACCCCGGCGGGGGCAAGGACGACGAGAUCCCGUGCCGCCGCAUGCGCAGCAGCAGCUACGUCAAAGCCAUGGGGGACGAGGAGAGCGGCGAGUCGGACUCCAGCCCCAAGACGUCGCCUCAGAAGUCGGUGCGGCCGGACGCCCUGGUCAAGGCCAUCAUCAGACCCCGGGACCUGCUGGACUCCCAGAGCUCUUACCGCCUGGAUAAAAUCAACAGUGACAUGUGUAACUACAUCACCAAUUUCGCUGCAGACUUAAGUCAGAGCUACCACUUGCAGGCCACCAGGGACAUGCACCCGAGCAUUGCCCUGGAUCCCUCCGUCAACUACAACUCCCCCAAGUUUCGCUCCAGGAACCAGAGCUACAUGCGGGCCGUCAGCACGCUGAGCCAGGCCAGCUGUGUGAGCCAAGUGAGCCAGGUGAGUGAGACAGAAGUGAACGGGCAGUUUGAGUCUGUGUGCGAGUCGGUGUUCAGUGAGGUGGAGUCCCAGGCCAUGGAGGCUCUGGACCUGCCCGGCUGCUUCCGCACGCGGAGCCACAGCUACCUGCGAGCCAUCCAGGCCGGCUACUCCCAGGACGACGAGUGCAUCCCGCCCAUGGCCUCCACCGUCACCUCCACCAUACGGUCCACCACAGGGAUCCAGUUCUGCCUCCCCUCCACCUGCGGCAUUGACCGGACUCCCCAGCAGACCCCAGCCAUCACUUACACCCCUAAUUACAAGAAGGCCCCUCCCCCGGUGCCACCGCGCACCACCUCCAAACCCCUCAUCUCCAUCACGGCCCAGAGCAGCACCGAGUCCACCCAGGACGCCUACCACGAGGGGAGGCACCCCCACGGCAUGUGGGCGCCUGACGGUUUCGGCCUGGGGCUGAACCUGGGCCGGGCCCUGUAUAACUCCACCGACAGCCUGGACAGCGCCAAGGCCGUGACCAUAGCCAUGGAGGCGGCCGGGGUCAUGGCCGGGAAGCGACACCCGUCCACGGACAGCCACAGCUCGGUGCUCACCUGCGACAAGGCCGUCCUGGUGUCCAAGGCCGAGGAGUACUUGAAGACCCCUCGGUCGUCCAUAGGGAUACAGGUGGAAGCGGCCACAGACUCCGAAUCGGAAAGCAAAGGCUCGCGGGAGUACCACUCUGUCGGGAUCCAGGUGGAGGACGACAAGAAGGGACAGGGCAGGUUCAAACGCUCCAACAGCGUGACCGCGGCGGUGCAGGCCGACCUGGAGCUGGAGGGCUUCCCCACCAUGGAGGACAAGGGGCUGCAGUUCGGCGGGGGCUUCCAGCGCCACUCGGAGCCCAGCACGCCCACCCAGUACGGCGCCGUGCGCACCGUGCGCACCCAGGGCCUCUUCAGCUACCGCGAUGACUACCGGACCCCGGCCGAGCCCGCCAGCCCCCGGGAGAGCGGCAGCGAGAGCGCCUGGCAGCUGGAGCCGCCGCCCCCCCGCGAGGCCGCGGCCUCGUCGGCGGAGUCGGGCAGGGCCUCGCCCUCCCUGCGCAGGGACGGCAGCUGGUUCAUGCAGCUGCUGCACACGGAGACCAAGAGGAUGGAGGGCUGGUGUAAGGAGAUGGAGUCGGAAGCCGAGGAGAAUGACCUGUCGGAGGACAUCCUAGGUAAGAUCAGAAGCGCCGUGGGAAGCGCUCAGCUGCUCAUGUCUCAGAAAUUCCAGCAAUUCUACUGGCUGUGUCAACAGAACCUGGACCCCAGUGCUAUGCCACGGCCCACCUCUCAGGACCUGGCUGGGUUCUGGGACCUCCUGCAGCUCUCUAUCGACGAUGUCACCAUCAAGUUCGACCAGCUGCAGCAGAUCAAGAACAACGGCUGGAGGCUCAUUGACAGCCCAGAGAAGAAGCCACCAGCUCUUGUACCAAAGAAGACAAUUCGGCAGAAGAGUGCAAUGACCAGGGAGAAAUCCCUGGACCUCCCAGACAGACAUCGACAGGAGGCCCGGCGGCGGCUCAUGGCGGCGAAGCGAGCGGCCUCCUUCCGGCAGAACUCGGCCUCGGAGCGAGCGGACAGCAUCGAAAUCUAUAUUCCCGAGGCUCAGACCAGACUUUGAGAAAAUGGGGUCAGGGGUCCGACACGUCUCCCUGUUCCCGCCGUUCGAAUAACUUUAAAAACUAGCCUUUUUUUCUAAACCGCUACUCUUCCUUUAUCCAUCUGUUCGAUCUCGAUAGCCAUCCUCAGCGCCCAUCGCCAGCGCCGUUGGACUGCAGGAUGUGCCGGGUCCCUCCUCCCAUUUGCCAGAAUAAGUGUUAGCAGAAGCGUGCGACGGACGCGGGUUUGGUCGAAGCUUCUCCCAGGCUCGAUCGCGCUACACGGCGUACGCGUUCUCCCGGGUGGGUACGUCUGUAGUUUUUCAGCGUUUGCAAAGUGCCAUUUAAAAAGUGCAGCUUUUGAAAAACCUACCAGCAACCGGGCCGUCGAGCUAAAACGAGCAAAACGAGAGACGUGAUAUUUGUUUCAAGAUGUUCAAAAACGGUCAACGUCAGUAACCUUUCAGUAUUUUUAUAAUAAUUUAAGGUUACCUCGUGGCUGUUUUUGUCUUGACUUGUUCUUUUGGGGGUAAAUGUUAAUUACUAAGCUAAACAAUUGUAAUUGUAAGUUUAAAAAAAGUGCCAAUGCUUGAAAUACCUCAACUAUGUGCAUGUGGCACUGAUCACCCGUUCAAGGUUAUUCAGGCAGCCCUUCUAAGCUCCAGGCUGGUCGGUGUUAAAGGUGCAGCUUCCUUCUCAGUCUGGUGGAAGUUCCUGUCUCUGGUUUUGGCGGAAGAAUGACGUCUGUCAGCUCAUCAACAUGCACAUUUGAAACCAGAUUCUUGUAUAUCUCGCGCUCCUGUCGCCAACUCUCUAAUAUUUGCAUUUACUUGAAGCUGAAAACAUGCAAGUCUCACGCCAACAUUUUUAUCACGUCAAUGCAGUAGAAAAAAAAAAAACUAUGAAGGUUUAUGUAACUCUUAGAUCAAAAUGUGUAGACCAAUGCACUUAUGCACUUAUUACGAUUCUCUCUAUUUCCAAGGGAAAUGUACAUACCCAAGUUCACAAUAGUACUGUUGUAUUUCUGAAUUGUGAGCGGGAAGAAUAUUCACUAUAUGUUUAUAAUGCCUCAUCCGCUGCUCGCUUGGCCUCACUUUUGCUUUGGACAAAUCCCGAUUUGUUUGCAUACACACAGCGACUUGCUCGGACACACAGAGACCCUCAGCGCUGUGUUUUCACGCCACACACUUCUCUCAGGCCCUGUCGAGUAGCGCCCUCAGCCACGGCUAACGGGGGAACGAUAGCGGAAUCCUCCUGAACAUAAAAUAAAUAUCUGCAUAUUAGUAUUUUUUUAAGUGCCCCCGAGCAGUGUCAUCAGUGCGCCGCCUCCCUCUGGGGAAGGCUCUGUGACGGGGGCGUUUUAGCAGGAGGCAAACGACUUUAAGUUUGCAUGUCCCCCAUUGAAGAUGAUCAAGUUUUAUGAGAAAUAGAAUAUCAAAAGCUGUGUGGGCCCUGUGUGCUAUAUGUAUGACAUGAAUUAUGACGUAGAUAUGUAUUUGCUUUUGGGGUGAUGCGUGAGCAGCCAGUUGCACCAGCUCUUUGUCUGUUCAAAUGCCACUACAUGCUCUUUUGUGCAACACUCAAAUAAUACAGUAUCUAUGAAUAUGUCUAAGGACUUACUGGUGAUGAAUGCACCUGAACCAACAAAUUUUAGCAUUGUUUUCUUGCUAAUACAGUAUGUUUCACGGUUCAUUCUGUUUGACUCCAGUAGAGAAACUGCUGCCAAAGCUUAAAUAACAUAAACUAGUGGGACUAAUGAACCAAAGCACUGGUCGAUAAAUAUAUUUAAUAUAUUGCUUGAUGCCUCCUCAGACCUGUUUGUUGCUGUUAGAGGUGUUUCCUAGCAACAUCACUGAUGACAUUUUUCGGUUUAACAAACGAUUACUGUAGUGGAUCUACAAAUAGCUGCUGCAACCUAGAUCCUGGUUUGUAACUUGGAAGUGGAAGACCAAUCUUAAAAUGAUUGGGCCUUCGCUACGACUUUACUUCCAGGAUGGUAAAUCUAUUUUGAGCCGUGCCAGAAUCUUUAUUAAAUCAGAUCCUUAUUACCAGAUUUCGGUCUCAGUAACUUUGACGUUGUGUUCAUUGCAUUGCCGGUGUUGCAUUCAAAUCACCGACCUAGCGACUGAAAUCUAUUGGUAAAAACGUGGAUAAUCAACCAACGAAAUGGUGCUGCUUUUUAUUUAAUCGAUACAGUACUAGACAAACAAUCAAUGCAACACAAUGCGCUGUCAGCCGAUCGAUACAUCAACCAAAACAAAAUCUAUUUUUAUGACUUGGAAAUAAUCAUCAAUUGUGGGAUCAGGGAUAUUUAUCAUACAAAAGUAAAUAGUACAUGUGUGGAUUUUAAUAGUUUGUGUGUUUUGUCGAGAGGUGUGUGUGUGUGUGUAUCUUGUUUUUGUAGCACUCUGCUGACACAUCCAGAAACAUGGGUGAAUAUGAGGUCAGUGUGUUUCUCAGUUGGCUCGAUUUCCCUAUUUCCACCCAACUGUGGCCUGACCUGCAUCUUUCCCACACACACACACACACGCACACGUCCCUGUGCGUGUGUGUGUGUGCUCUCCACUGAAACACAGACACAAUUUAUGUUUUUGCACUACAGAUUCUAAUCUGAUCAGCUUCUAGGGGUCAGACCAACAUUGUUCAGUUGUUGCGUUCAUGUUAGUUUCAUGUAGCAGAGCACAAUCUUACAAGUGUAAGAUUGCUUUUUUUAAGCACAUCCAUAAUCCUGCUGUUCUGUCAUGGCACAGACAGUGACCUUUAACUGCAUGACAGCGGUUUCUGGAAAGUGUCUGGGCGUGUGAUGCCCGGCAGUUGGCAGAGCAGACAGGGGGAUAGACAGACACAGACCCGGCCUGACAUACGCUGGCUUAGAGCAGACGGGAUUUUGGAACCGAGCCUCUAACUGCCUGGUGUUGUGUGCUGUUAUGUAGCUGGAAGGCCGCUGUGCUCUGGGUAUUGUUCAGCCUGCCUUUGACUAAGCAAAGCAGCUUAUGUAAGAUUCCAGGUCCUUGGCGAGAUCAAGCAAAGAGCCUUGAAGGCCCUUCGGAGCUCGUGUUGAUAAAUGUGUUGCUGAAUAGUGGCCUGUGAUGUAGAAGUUAAGCAUCAGCGUUACGCGUAUUAGCUUUGGCUGCGGGGCUAUAGUUUCAGCGAGGGCUGUCACUGAAACCACAGUUUGGCGGUUUCCUGUUAUGCAACUUGAACAGGGCUGUGAGAGAGAUUACUGUACGCCGCCUUGGCUCUAGUUUAAAGCAUACAGUACGUCCCCUUCACUUUACAUUCUAGUGUUUUGUCUGAAUGAAGUUUACUGUCGUAGGUCAGAGAAAAUAUAAAAGGAAAAGGAACCACACAGACAAAGAGUUUAGUCCUACAGCUACAGAAAGAGGCAGAGAUUAUUUAAUAUAUAUUGUAUUUAACAUGGAAUUAUACACUUUGACCCUAAAAACUUAACCUGAGCCAUUUUCUAAAUGAUAAAAAAAAAAUAAUGUUACUUUUGUUGAACACACGCUUAGAAAUGCCUCAUGCCAUGAAAUGAUGUAUUUCUCCUUUGAGUAUUGUUUUAGCAGGUGCUCCAUGAUGGAUCACGGUGGAAGGAAGUAGCUGUAGUGACACGUUGUGUAAAAGAGUUAUCAUUUAAACCUGAUGGUGGUAAAUGAACAGUCGCACACAGGGAGACACCCCUGACGAACCCCGUGAGCGGGGAACUGCAUCAGUGUCACAUUUAAUCUCACGAGGGCAGCAAUUAACUACAAGUGCCAUCUUUUUGACAUCUCCAGCAUCCUGUAAAAUUAUUACUCAGCUCGGCAAUGUGUCCUGCCCAUCAACCCUCAUGUAGGAAAUUCUUUUGGGCCGCCUCCUUUUACCCAUUUCCUGCCGUGUAUUUCCCAUCACAUCACGUUGUAUGUGUGUACGCAUCCCGAGGCCUCACAUCUGGUGUGACUGUCCCCCUGCUUUGAACAGGCAACGUGACAUAUUUUGGGGGGGACACUUUUGUAAACCGUGCCAUGGAACGAGCCUCAGACUCACUGAGAUAUACAGACUGAUACAACACUUCCUUAAACUUGGGAUGUGAAACAACUCCAUAAUUACUAGAUCAAAUGAAAAAGGUAGUUGUUUAGCUAAAACUAUUUUCAUCUCUUGUAUAUCAUAUCUACGGUGAGGAUGAAUAUAAUGCCAAAUAUUCACUAUUUGUAAAGAUAUAUAUAUAUAUAUAUAUAUAUAUACAUAUAUAUAGAUAUCUAUAUGUGUAUAUAUAUAUAUAUAUAGAUAGAUAUAGAUAGAUAGAUUAUAUAAAUAUAUAUUAUAUGCUUCAUUCAAACAUAACUAUUUUCUGCUCUUGCUCAUGUUUUGUUGUCAUUUUUACUAUUGUUAUUUGAUAAAUUGACACAAUGGCAUGUGUAACACAGAUUCUGAAUGUAGGCCUGUUUAUUUUUGUUAAAACAUUAUGACACCGUCCCAUUGAUGUACAUUUGCUAUGAAUUUAUUUAAGUUGAUCACAUAUGGAAUUCUCAGUGUGUGUUCUUUUACGAUAUCACUGGAUGAUUUUUGGAUUCCUUGAGUAGCUUGCAAGAACAUAUGCACUUCAGAACUGUUUGCAUUGUCUCCUUCAGCCGUUUCAUCAUUGCUUAGUUCAACCUGUGUAAAUAGUUCUGCAAUUAAAUUUUGGAGAAAACAUUUGAAAAAAA